GACAUAAGUGAAUAAUGAAUUGUGCAAUGUGCAUGGUGGCUGGGCAUAUCAAUGUCUAUGUGGUUUCAGUUUCAGCUGAGUUCAAAGUUCAAGUGGCUGUGACAGGCAACUGUUCCCACCAGCCAGUAGUCGCCAAUUAGUUACAACCAUACCUACGAGCAGUCUUGCAAGUUGAAGCCCCUCACAGCCUCAGUGAUGGGUAUCGACAGUAACCGAUUCGAGGGGCCGGUGGAUGAAGAGCUCAUCUGUCCCAUCUGUUCGUCGGUCCUCGAGGACCCCGUUCAGGCUCCGGCAUGCGAGCACGCCUUCUGCCGGGGCUGCAUCACCGAGUGGUUGUCACGGCAGCAGAUUUGUCCCGUGGACCGGCAGGAGAUCACGGCCGCCCAGCUGAAACCGGUGCCGCGCAUACUGCGCAACCUGCUCGCCAGGCUGCUGAUCGUGUGCGACAACCAGCAGUACGGCUGUACGGUGGUCAUCAACCUCGAUCGGCUGGAGAGCCACCUCAAGGAGUGCGAACACAACCCCAAGCGGCCCGUCCAGUGCGAACAGGGCUGCGGCAUGGUCGUGCCCAUGGACGAGGUCAAGGAGCACAACUGUGUGCGCGAGCUGCGGGCGCUUGUGGAGCGACAGAACGAGACAGUGGCCACCCUGCAGCAGGAGCUGGCCGACAACAAGUUUCAGAUCGGCCAGCUCAACCGCGAGCUCAACCUCGUCAAGGAGUUUAUGCACGCGAUGCGUGGCAGCGACCCGCGUAUGCGCACCCUGGCUGACCGUAUGGAGCAGGACGAGGUGGUCCGGUGGUCGGCGUCCCUGCCACGCGCCCGGGUCACCCGCUGGGGAGGCAUGAUCUCCACACCAGACGCGGUCCUUAAGGUGGUGAUCCAGCGGGCGCUGUGCGAGUCCGGCUCUCCGCCGCACAUUAUCGAGGACCUGAUGGACAACUCGCACGAACGACGCUGGCCCACCGGUCUGUCUACACUGGAGACGCGCCAGGCGAACCGGCGUCACUACGAAAACUACGUGUGCCGCCGCAUUCCCGGCAAGCAGGCCGUCAUCGUGAUGGCCUGCGAGAACCAGCACAUGAACGAGGACAUGAUCCUCGAGCCCGGUCUGGUGCUCAUCUUCGCGCACGGCGUGGAGACGGACGCCAACUUCCAGCCACCGGCCUGAGAGGGCCAAGAGCGAGCGGUCUGAAACGGCUCGGGCGAGCCGGUAUGUGGUGAUACAUGCUGCCAAGGGACAGACGACCCGCUCGUGUGUGGACUGGUAAGUCGAGGGGCACUGCGGCGGGGAGGAGUCAGGACUCCAGUGGCGCUGGAGGUGGCCCUGUGACCGGCCAGGUGUCCAAAGGUAGAGCAGCUACUGGUGCCGGUCGGUGGUAGGGAAGGAGUGGCCAGUGCGAUUGGUCAGUCUGGAACUCUGUCGACGAACUGUGGGCCACCACCGAUAUCGGUGUGGUACUCAACUGAGGGAGUCAAGAGGUCGGCAUCUUAAGUCCCUACUGAUAAACGAGUGUCGCCCGUCCCCGGUCUGCGGACUACUGAAUAUGGUCGAAACGCUGAUCUGAGACCUCUCCAGCCGGAGGCCUGACAGACCGAGUGCACCGGUGAUGGUCAUUGUCGGGCGGCCGCUGGUCCUCUCUACACUACAGUAAAGGGCACUGUUGCGGGACUUAUCAUGCAUGCUCUGUGCUUCCGGCUCCUAACGGCUAGAUACAGCUGCUGGAGCCACCCCACUGCUGGUGUUAAGCUGCCCUGCUGGUGUUCCUGCGUUGAACUAUCUCCCUUCUGAUUUUGCCACCUGCCGUCGCCGUCCAAAGGCAGAGCCCGACCGGAUCGCCUCUCUCUCUUGGACGCUAUUCAGUCAUUCUCACCGUGGAUCUACCCCUCUGGGCCCCAACGUCAGGCACGUCAGGGCCACGUGGUUAUAAAUGUUGAACUGAUGGUGAACUUACCGGCUACAACUGACCGCCUGUUAGAGUGGGGGGGGGGGGCAAACGGUAUCAGGUGCAUAAUUGUGCUGUCUUAGUAACUGCCGCAGACUGGUUGUGUUAAAUGUUCUAACGUCUGAUGAUGACGUCCUACUGACGCCACACCGUGUCGCCGUCGUAGUGAGUUGAGCUGCCAGGAUCUGCGCUAUUGUGUGACUGUGACGUCACACUAUGUUAGUGAGCUGCGCUGUAUUUGAGAGGCCGUUCGGUGUAACUGUCGGUGACGGUGCAGCCAGGGUCGGUCGGCUAGGUGUCCGGGCAACCAGGUCCAGCUAUCACAGCCUUCUAGGGUGGGAUAGAGGUGAAGUCGCUGCCUGAAGGCCUGCCUAGCCGCUGUAUGUCCACUCAGACCGUCUAACACCCUGGACACCCAGUACACCCUCCGGCCGGGUCUGGUCGCACCGCGCCGCGCUGUAAGGUCUUCCCUUCUGUGAUAUAUUGAUCUGAGAGAGAGCAGCUAUCGCCGCUGUGCAGGGGUGCCGGCCGGCUCGCACUGUUCACAUUCCUGAGCGGUCGGCCCGGCUCGGCGGCGAGCCCGAGUGUCUGGUCUUGGGGGGUGAAACUGUGACAGUAUGAGGCGGGAUCAUGCGACUGUGGAAGGGGUCCUGUGAAUGUGGAAGGGGCCCGUGCAUGUGAAAGAUGUACUGUGACUGGCAGAGUUCAUGUGACCGUCUGUAAAUGAGGUGUACUAUGAUUGAAUGACUCGAGCGCUCCGUAAGUUUUAUCGCAGUUCCGCUGUUGUAUCAUUUUUGUUUGUUGCCUUUUUAUGAUCAUUUCAUGUGCGAAUAAAUGACAAUAUGUUUUAAA